ACCAAUCAUUUGAAAAAUUAAAUUGCUACCAUAUUGACUUUGAUCAUUUAUGCAACCUGGGAAUUCUGUUAUGAAGUUCCUCGUUGAUAGCUUCUUCGUUCAAAUUUUAUGGAAUUCCGAUCUGUCAGAAAUUAGAAGCUUGGCUGGAAAAUAUUUGGGUAAGAAGGAGGUCGUACGGGUUGGUCUUCAUGGGAAAAGAGGACGAUGGGAUCUGCAUUUUUCCUCUUUCCAGUUUGCAAAUUGGAGACUUGCAGUCUUACCUCUCAGAUAUUAGCCUUUUUCUUGCCAAUGAUAGUAAAAUGGUAUAUAUUUUGGUUGACAACCGACCUUGGGUGAGAGACCUAGGCUACCAAAGUGCACACUUAUGGCAAUUGAUGGUUACCAAGUCAAGGUUAUCACCUUUUGCCAUUUCCAAAGCUCGAGGAGAAAGAAAGGACGUUUGUGGAUCAAACACAAGUAAACAAAACAAGUUUCUGAGCUGGUCCUCAUUAGUUCAAGAAUUGACAUUAUCGAGAAAGAAGGCUAUGCUUCCUGUAAAAAAUCUAAGGAAUUCCCUGCCAUUCUGCUUUGAAUUGCAUAGGACCUUGUAUGGGUUUAUUGUAUUUGAAGUUGCAUGGAACAAUGUUUGUGGUAUUAGCUAUUUAAAUGAGCUUCAGACUGAUACCUUAAUGUACAUUCAAGCUAAAUUCAUGCAAAGAUGGGAAUUUGACAGCAUAGCUCAAGCAGCAAGGUGUAUGUCUUUGUGGUUUUCAGGAAAACUAUCUGAGCAAAUGCAGUUGAAAGAGCACCUGGAUUCUAUUGCAGAGGAUCAUUUUUAUGAUGCUUGUGAAGAUCUUUCUGGAACUGGACAUCUUGGUAGGGAUGAUAACAAUAUUCUGGACACAAACAUUGAAGGGUCUUCUGAGAACAUUGAACAGAAAACAGGCAUGGAACUCGCAAAUCCUCCUUCUUCUUUUGGACAUUGUAAGAGACGAAAAGUAAUUAAUUCUUUCAGUGAUGGUGCUGAGGUAGAGAGUUGUUGCGAGGAAAUGCAGUCUGGGACAAAUUCUGAGACAUAUACUAAUGUUUCUGAGGAUGCAGUUGAAGCCACUCGAUAUGAGGAUGUUCUAAUAUCAUUUAGUUUUAAUGACCAUGACCUCCCUUUUAAAUUAAGACAAGUUAUAAUAUUUGAUCUUCGAUUACUUACUUUGUUAGAGGCUGGCCUCCCAUCUUGGGUCAUCUUCCUUCAAUCAUACCCAGUAAUCUGCAAUCUAUAUCGCCCAUGGAUGUGUCCACUGGCUCGGUUUUUAUAUGUGAUAAUCUCACUUGUCACUGUCCUCAUAGGAUUAUAUGACUUGUAUAAAAAUGUUCCAAUCCUUAAAGCCACUGCAUCUCAUUUAUUUGGGCCUUUUUUUGAUUGGAUAGAAACUUGGGACAUGGUUUCAAGGAUUAGGUACUUAGGAACAAUGCUGUUUCUGCACAAUUUUCGAAAGGCUUUUGGCUGGUUUUUGUCCUUGGCAAAUGUGGUACGAUCCUUUUUCUCAGUUCUUGUUCAGCCCAUUACAAAACCAGUGGUGAUGUUCUUUGAAUUUCUUCUUCCCAUCUGGAACAUAUUGUUUGAAGUAGUAGAAAGCAUCGUUUAUGUUGUUUGGGAUGUGAUAGAAACUCUUGGCGACAUGGUAGGACUUUUACUAGAGCUUCUCUUCACACCAUUGUGGUUCAUUGUCACUGUUGUUUGGAGAGUUGCUUUUUCAAUCUUGUAUCCUAUAUUCUGGAUUUCUCGUGAAGUCCUAUAUGCUCCUCUACGGCUACUGCUAGCAAUAUCCAGUUUUAUGGCUUCUAUAUUUAGCUGCAUGCUUAAUGUACUUGGAGCUGCUUGGAAGUUUGUUAGUAGCAUCUUCCAGCUUGCAUCUUCUUCUGAGGCAACAGUCAACACCUGUGAAGUUUCCAUGUGGCGUGCUCUUUGGAACGACCUUUUUUCUCAGAUUUUCCGUGCUCUCAGGAGUAUACUGCAUGGAGUUUCUGAAUUCCUUGUGGCUUGUAACAGGCACAGACUGAGCAUUUAUCAUCAUAUACAGGAGUUUGUCCGAACAUUAUGUCGCAAGUGUCAAGCAUCAAAACAAGUACAUUUAACAGAUGGUAGAGCUACUUGGGUGAAACAAAAUCUGGAAGAGGAAAAGAGUAAAGUUGAAUGAAAUGAAAGCUGCAUCAUUCUGUGGGAUUGUACACUAAUUUUUGAAGAACUUGACAUCAAGCAGAGCAAUCUGGUAUGUCACUGGAGAAUCAUCUUACUCAAUGAAAUUUACCUAUAAGAGUAUUAAGGUUCUUUUGUUGGGACACAAUUUUGUUUUUCAUUCCUUGGGAUAUUAUUAUUAUUUCCACG